CUCGGCUCUGGGUCACGCCAACAGCGCGGGCCACGCAGGUACCAGCCCUCUCCCCGCCGCCAGGAGGCGCCCGGCGCAGACGCGGCGAGGCAGCCGACCCCGCCCCGCCGCUCAGGCCCCGCCCCCGCACACGCGUGGCUCUCGUCACCCGGGCGACGAAACCUCGCGAGGGCCUCCUCCCACCCCCACCCCCACCCCCACCCCCCCCGCGCGCCUGGGUCGCAGACGCGGCGGGGCGCGCCCGCGUCCCCUCGCGCCUACGUCAUCCGGCCGGCGCGGCGCCUGGCGUCAUCCGGCGCGCCCGCCAGCGCCCGAGCCGUGUCGCGCCGAAGAUGGCGGCGCCGACGGGGUCCGGCCCGGGCGGCGGCGGCCCGGGCUCCGAGGCCGGCGACUUCCUGGCGCGCUACCGGCAGGUGUCCAGCAAGCUCAAGAAGCGGUUCCUGCGCAAGCCGAACGUGGCGGAGGCGAGCGAGCAGUUCGCGCAGCUGAGCCGCGAGCUGCGCGCGCAGGAGUGCCUGCCCUACGCCGCGUGGUGCCAGCUGGCCGUGGCGCGCUGCCAGCAGGCGCUCUUCCACGGGCCCGGAGAGGCGCUGGCGCUGGCCGAGGCCGCGCGCCUCUUCCUGCGCCAGGAGUGCGACGCGCGCCAGCGCCUGGCCUGCCCCGCCGCCUACGGGGAGCCGCUGCAGGCCGCCGCCGCCGCCCUGGGCGCCGCCGUGCGUCUGCACCUCGAGCUGGGCCAGCCGGCCGCCGCCGCCGCCCUUUGCCUCGAGCUGGCCGCCGCCCUGCGCGACCUGGGCCAGCCGGCCGCCGCCGCCGGCCACUUCCUGCGCGCCGCCCAGCUGCACCUGCCGCAGCUGCCCCUGGCCGCGCUGCAGGCCCUCGGCCACGCCGCCUCCUGCCAGCUGCUGGCGCGAGAUUACAGCGGCGCGCUCGCCCUCUUCACGCGCAUGCAGCUGCUGGCGCAGGAGCACGGGGCCCUGCCCGGCCGGCCGCACCAGCUGCAGCCUUCGCCGCCCCCGGCCCCGCAGCCCCCGCCGCCCCCGCUGCGUGCGCGCACGCCACCCGCCCCGGCCCCGGGGCACCUCUCCGCACCCGGCGGCGCCGUCCCCGCAGCCUCCCAGGCCGCGCUGCCGCCGCCGCCGCCGCCGCCGCUCCCCGACGCAGACCCCGGCACGCCCUCGCCCUCGCCCUCGCCCUCGCCCGCCAGCGCCGCCCCCAUGAUGCUGGGCGCCUUCGCCGACGUGCUGGUCCGCUGCGAGGUGUCCCGCGUGCUGCUGCUGCUGCUCCUGCAGCCGCCGCCCGCCAAGCUCCUGCCCGAGCACGCCCACACCUUGGAGAAGUACUCCUGGGAGGCCUUCGACAGCCACAGCCACGACAGUUGCGGCCCGCUGCCCGACGACCUCUUCCUGCUGCUCCAGUCCUUGGUCAUGGCCACCCACGAGAAGGACAUCGAGGCCGCCCAGGCGCUGCAGGGGGAACUCUGGCCGCUGCUCAGUGCCGAGCAGAACCAUCUCCUUCACCUCGUGCUGCAGGAGGCCGUCUGCCCCUCGGGCCAGGGCAUCUGAGCUUCCCGGGCCGCCUCUAGUCCUUCGCUGCUCCUCACGCUCUGGCCCUUCCGGUGGACUCUCGCCUCCCUCUUGACCCCGGGCGCCCGGGGCUGGAAGCAGCCCCCCCUGCCCCUUCUCCCCUCCCCCCUUCCCCGCCUCCCCGAGAGACUGCCUCCCACACCCGACCGGCCACUGGAAACCAGCUGGCAGCCCCCGGCCUGGCUCUCUUCCCCCCAGGCCAGCGGCCCCUGCCCAGGAGAAUCCCUUCUCUCCUGGCUCCCGCCCCCGCCCCUUUGGCUUCCUCCUGACCACUGGAUGUGCCACACCUCUGUCCAAAGGCUUAAACUCUGAAUGUUGUGCUGCU